AUGAACGUGCCUGAGUUAUGAGUCAAAUAUCAAAUGCGGUAACUCCUUCAAGCUCCAACCACUCCCUAAAAUAUUUUAUAACAAACCUAUGCCCUCAUUUUACUUACUAGCCCCGCCCUUCCUGUCCAAUAUGUUACUUUCAUCAAAUGGUCACUUAUAUGUUCCUGGGAAAAGUCAUAUUAUUUACGAUAUUUUGUUACCUUCAGCUGAAUGAUGUCUACGGCCGGCGAAUGCAAGAAUUUUUUUCCUACAUUAUAUACUCAUGUCCUUGUGACGAUUUGGUUAAGUAACACGAGUUAACACCCUCCCCCCCAUCUACGUUAUAUAACUUUCGAAUGACCCCUUAAUUUACAUAGAUUUUAAAGUUUGGUAAGUGUAACUAUUGUGCACAAACCAGGAACCAUCGGUUAAUAUAUACCCGUCACAAUAAACUAUCAGUCAAUCGAAUUAAAAAAAAUCAUAAAAUUUUGAUGUCAACGUUUGGAAAUAUGAAUCCGGUUAGCAUUAGUUAAGUUCAAAGGCUACAUGCUAGUUGCCUAUUUCUACAGUAUUCAUGAACCGAACUGGGAUUUGAAAUGAAGUCCUUCCCUCGUAUCCACCGAUCACAUUUAUAGCGCAGCAAGCAAUCAAAGCAAGCCAUUCCCGCGUCGCUAAAGCUGCUGACAGUGUAGGGACGUGAGGCAACUCCCUCCUAGACAAAAACAAUGCUGAGGUUUGCUGCGAUUACCAUUUCCUGAGCGGCGGUGACUCCCGGAGGCGCUGAUAACGAGUGACGUGCCAGGCUGAGAGGCGCGGCUGGCGGUAAUCGGGCACUUGGGUCCUGCACGACGGGCCACACUUGCCUAUCAGAGAACGGUGACAGGUAAAGUGCAUAAGAGCCCCUAAUGAGGCAAGCCGAGGUACAGUGUCACCGCGCUGAGACGAAAAGGGAGAUGAAGUAAAGUGAUGAACUGUGUUAUGCCGCGGCGUGUGAAGCGUGUUGCAGGUGUCGGUGGUGGUGGUGUGUGCGUGAGGGCCGCGCAGGCGACGCGUGAGUGUAGUGCAGCCCCGGGAAACUGAAAGGACGCCCCAAACAUGAUCGACUUGCCCCCGCCGCCGCCACCUCCUCCAGAAGACUACGACGUGGACUUUCUCCCUCCGCCCCCGCCACCCCCACCCGUUGAUUAUAAUGACGACCUCCCGCCACCCCCCCCACCCCCGGCCAUGCCCUCCGCUACCCUGCAGGACUCGCCGCCGCCGCCCCCCGAGCCGGACUAUGACAUCCCUGAGUCCCCGCCGGAUAGUUAUCAGGUGGGGCGGCAGGACGGGGAGGUCUUGCCUCCGCCCCCGCCCCAAGACUUCCCUCCUGUGGACUACCACCAAGACAGUCAUCCUCACCACCAAGCCCCCGGGAGGAAGGUGAGCCAGGGCAGCCGCCACUCCAGCCGCGCGUCGCUGUACUCUAUUCAGGAGGGCGGCAGCAGGCACAGCGUCUACAGCAUGGGCGGGCUGAGCAACACCAGCACCAUUGGGCCGUGGGGCGAUGUGUUCCAACCCAUGACAAGUUCGCUUCCUCGCCGGGCGUCGUCAGCGUCCGUCGUGGCGUACACUGAGCCCUUGCUGAUGGAGGAGGAGGCGCGGGACAGCAUGUACGGCACCAUGAGCAAGGCCUCCAGGCGCUACUACGACCGCCGUUCCCAGCAGCAGCAGCAGCAGCCUGUUGCGAACCCGUAUGGCACCGUCCGCCGCCAGCCAGGGCAGGUCCGCCGCGCCUCGGACACCCCGGCGAGCGCCACCAUGUACUCCAAGCAAAGGCGGAAGUCGAAGAACGUGGACGGCAAGAAACGAAAGUCCUCUCACAGCAGCCUGGCCGGGGCGUCGAUCACUUCCGGAGACGCCGCCCGUUUCGUGGAGUCAACAGUUAGCCAGCACAGGGAGGAACGCGAGAGGAGGCUGAAGUGCGUGCCGGCCCCUGAGAUUGCGAUGGACAGAAGCAAGAUGGCGGGUGAACGGGUGACCAUCAGCGACGCCCUGAGCAAUGUGGAUGUGCUGGACGACCUGCCGCUGCCGGACCAGCAGCCGGUCAUUGAGGCGCAGGCAUGCUCCGUUGUCUACAUCGCCAACUUCGACACCAACUUCGAGGACCGCAUGGCCUACGUGACGGGCGUGGCCAAGUACAUGGAGGAAGCGGCCACGCAUGCUGAGUUGAACAAGCUGCUGGAGGAAGGUGAGCAGCAUGCGGUCAUGCUUUACACGUGGCGCUGCUGCUCCCGGGCCAUCCCGCAGCCCAAGUCCAAUGAGCAGCCCAACCGUGUCGAGAUCUACGAGAAGACUGUGCGGGUCCUCUCCGACGAGGUGAAGAAACUCACCAAGUUUAUGAAUUUCCAGCGCAAGGCCAUCGAUGUGUUCUGCACCCAGGUGAAGAGGCUGUGCCACCAGGAGAAGAGGAAAGACUUUGUGUCCGAGGCCUACCUGCUCACCCUCGGCAAGUUCAUCAACAUGUUCGCUGUCCUCGAUGAACUCAAGAACAUGAAGUCUAGUGUGAAAAAUGAUUACUCUACUUAUAGAAGAGCUGCUCAGUUCCUGAAGGUGAUGAGUGACACCCAGAGCCUCCAGGAGUCCCAGAACCUGUCCAUGUUUCUGGCCACCCAGAAUAAGAUUAGAGACACCCUCAAGGAGAAGCUCACGGCAAUACCCUCCUAUGAAGACCUCCUCUGUGAUGUGGUGAACAUCUCCGUGCACAUGUUUGAGAACCACAUGUACCUCACGCCCAAGGAGAAGCAGAUGCUGGUCAAGGUGAUGGGCUUCGGCCUCUUCCUGGUGGACUCCGAGAUCUGCAACAUCAACAAGCUGGACCAGAAGAAAAAGAUUAAGAUAGAUAAGAUUGACAAAAUAUUCAAGAACCUGGAGGUGGUGCCCUUGUUUGGAGACAUGCAGAUUGCUCCGUUCAACUACAUCAAGCGCAGCAAGAACUUUGAUUCCAAAAUGUGGCCCAUGUGCAGUGCCUCCUCCAUCAGCCCACAGGCAGACCUGAUGUGCCACCUUCCCCGCAUCAGGGAUGAGCACAUCAAGUACAUCUCGGAGCUUGCCAGAUACAGCAAUGAGGUCAUCACUACCUACAAGGAGACGGCACGGACCGAUGCUGAGAACAAGGACAUUGCAGACCUGGCUCUCCGUGGGCUGCAGUUCCUGAGUGAGUGGACCAGUGUGGUGACGGAGCUGUACUCCUGGAAGCUGCUGCACCCCACUGACCACCACAGCAACAACCACUGCCCUGCUGACGCUGAGGAGUAUGAGAGGGCAACACGUUACAACUACACCAAUGAGGAGAAGUUUGCGCUCAUCGAGGUCAUCGCCAUGAUCAAGGGGCUGCAGGUGCUGAUGGCCCGCAUGGAGACUGUCUUCCUCGACUCCAUCCGCCGCAACAUCUACCAGGAGCUGCAGGACUUCGUGCAACUCACCCUCAGGGACCCGCUGCGGAAGGCCAUCAAGAACAAAAAGGAGCUCCUCAGGACGAUCCUUGUGUCUGUGCGGGAGACCUCGGCUGACUGGCUGAAGGGUGUGGAGCCCCCUGAGGACCCAGCUCUCAAGGGCAAGAAGGACCCGGACAAUGGCUUUGAGAUCAAGGUUAACCGGCGGAAUGUGGGUCCCUCAUCGACCCAGCUGUACAUGGUGCGCACAAUGCUGGAGUCCCUCAUCUCGGACAAGUCUGGAGGCAAGAAGACCCUGAGGAAGGAGCUGGACGGACAACACCUCUGCCAGAUUGAUGAGUUCCACAAGACUUCAUUCUUCUGGACCUACCUCAUCAACUUCAGUGAAACCCUUCAGUAUUGCUGCGACCUGUCUCAGCUGUGGUACCGAGAGUUCUACCUGGAGAUGACGAUGGGCCGCAGAAUACAGACGUGCACGGUGGAGCACCAGCACAAUGACGAGUGCACAGACCUGGUCGUGAUGGAGAAGCGUAUCCAGUUCCCCAUCGAGAUGUCAAUGCCGUGGAUCCUGACCGACCACAUCCUGCGGACCAAGGACGCCUCUAUGAUGGAGUGUGUGCUGUAUCCACUAGACCUGUAUAAUGACAGUGCCUACUACGCCCUCACCCAGUUCCGCAAGCAGUUCCUCUACGAUGAGAUUGAGGCAGAGGUGAACUUGUGCUUUGACCAGUUUGUGUUCAAGUUGUCAGAACAAGUGUUUGCCUACUACAAACAUCUGGCGGGCAGCAUCCUGUUGGACAAGCGCUUCCGCAGUGAAUGUAUCCAGAACAGUUUGAGAAUCCACUACCCUCCAGCUAAUAGGUACGAAACUCUCUUGAAACAAAGGCACGUUCAGCUUCUGGGACGCAGCAUCGACCUCAACAAGCUGAUCUGCCAGCGCAUCAACGCCUCCAUGCACAAAUCCCUGGAGGUGGCCAUUGCCCGCUUUGAAGGGGCCGACAUCACUUCAGUUGUGGAGCUGGAGGGGCUCAUUGAGGUGAACAAGCUGACACACAAGCUGUUGUGUCAGCUGCUGGUGCUGGAUGACUUUGACGCUCAGCUGCGCGAGGCCAACCACAACGUGCUGGCCCCCUAUGGACGCACCACCCUGCACGUGUUCUGGGAGCUGAACUACGACUUCCUCCCCAACUACUGCUACAACGCUGCCACAGGAAGGUUUGUGAAGGCCGUGGUGACAACCUUUGCUCAGCCGGUGCAGCGAGACAAGCCCCCCAACGUGGCGCCCUACAUGGUGUGGGGCAGCAAGGCCCUCAACGUUGCCUUCACUGCCAUCUACAACCAGUAUGCAGGGUUCCUUGGUCCGCCACACCUGCGGUCCAUUGUGCGAGUGCUGGGCUACCAGGGCAUUGCUGUGGUCAUGCAGGAGCUUCUGGAGAUCAUCAACUCCCUCAUCCAGGGCAACAUCCACCAGUUCACCAAGACGCUCCACCAGGCCAUGCCCAAAGUCUGCAAGCUGCCCAGAUAUGACUACGGCUCACCAGGUGUGCUGGGCUACUACCAUGCUCAACUGAAUGACAUCGUGCAGUACCCUGAUGCCCGGGCUGACCUCUUCCACCACUUCCGGGAGCUGGGCAAUGCUCUGCUCUUCUGUCUGUUGAUAGAGCAGUCCCUCACCCUGGAGGAAGUGUGCGACCUUCUACAGGCAGCUCCCUUCCAAAACAUCUUGCCCCGGCCCUUCUGCAAAGAGAACGAGAAGCCAGAGACCAAACAGAAGAGGCUGGAGGCAAAGUAUGCGCCCCUGCAGAUUGUGGCCAACAUCGAAAGGCUCGGCACAGCCAAGCAAGCAAUGAUCGCUCGAGAAGGGGACUUGCUGACCCGAGAAAGGCUGUGUUGUGGACUCUCCAUCUUUGAGGUCAUUCUCACGAGGAUCCAAACCUUCCUGGAGGACCCCAUCUGGCACGGCUCUCCCCCAAGCAACGGUGUCAUGAACGUGGACGAGUGCACAGAGUUCCACCGCCUCUGGUCUGCCCUACAGUUUGUUAUGUGCAUCCCUGUCGGCACCAACAACUAUACUGUCGAGCAGCUGUUUGGCGAGGGCCUCAACUGGGCCGGCUGUUGCAUGAUUGUGCUCUUGGGCCAGCAGAGGAGAUUUGAGGCACUGGACUUCUGCUACCACAUCCUGAGAGUCCAGAAGGUCGACGGCAAGGACGAGGUCAUCAAGGGAAUUCAACUGAAGCGGAUGGUCGACCGCAUCCGAAGGUUCCAGGUGCUCAACUCGCAGAUCUUUGCAGUCCUCAACAAGUACCUCAAGACCAGCGACCCAGACAACCUCCCGGUGGAGCACGUGCGUUGCUUCCAGCCGCCCAUUCACCAGUCCCUCGCAAACCAGACCUACCAGCGGCCGGACCACCUGCGCUGAGACAACACCUCGCCCCCCUCCCAGUUGUCUCCUCCUCUUUCUCCUUCAUCCUCCAGGUGCUGAGAAGGAGUGGCAGUGUGGGAGUGUUAGGUGUCACAGGGGCCACACUUUUAUUUCUCAUGUGCAAUGCUGAACCCCUGCAGUGCCCCAGUUUUGGAGUGCAUGGCUCUGAGGGGCUUUGUGGAGUAUCUUGCCAGUGACCGGUGAUGUGUUGUCCCGAUGAUCGACUGCAGGCUGGCACUGUGGGGUUCCUCAUUGUGCCACGCAUUCUUUGUCCUUGUGGCAAAAUUGUAAACAUCACUUCUUCAUUUUUCUGUCCUCAAUUUUUUUCACAGUUGGUUAGUGGAAAACAGGCAGUAGAAAAUGGAGUGUUUGAACCUUUUGUUCACUACCAGGGGUGUUUUACUUAUGGUACUACUUCAUUGUCAUGCCCCUCAUUACUCUUGUAUAUACAUUCUUUCUGUUCAUGUUGAGUCGGAACAUUGCCACAGCUAAUAGUAUGUGUUGCAGCCAUAGUGGGUUGUUUCAUACCAUAUCUGAGGUUGGUGCAGAAACUUGAAGAGCCACACUUGGGUGACACAAGAGUGGUAGACAGAGCUCAAAAGACAUCUCACAUGGUCCCAAUCUUAAGUAACCAAAUUGUGUUCUGGACAGUGCAUCACACACCCAAGUAGAUGACGAAGCCAUACAUGUGCAACUGUAGUGGUGAGGCAGGAGCAUCUAUAGAGUACAUGUAUGGUGCUGCAGGGCCUGGGAAACACUGAGGAGCUGUCUGUUAAAUAAGGAACUGCUUUGGGAAGACCUAGGUAGCACAACGUUCCAUUGUAUGAAGUGAGCUUAGUAUGCAUGCUAUGAGCUCAACACUCGUGACCUAUAACAUUAUGCAUGAAAUCAAUAUAAAAUGAGCCUUACGUAGUGUACAAAGUUAUCAAGCUACAAACAGUAUAUACUCAUACAUAGGUGUGUGUAACGAUGCCCGUGCAGUCUGAUCAGGGCUUUGUAUAUAAAAUGAGUGCGUUAGGCAUGAAUGGUGCUCAUGAGUAUUGUAAGGAGCCAACAACAACAAACAACUACUAAAAGGAGGUCAAAAGUCAUCAGAAAAAACUUAUACAACAAGAAUCCUCACCAGAAAUGGCUGUGUGCAAUACCAGUUUAGUAUUUCAGUACGUCAUUAGGUUAGGUAUUUUUUUGUUCCUCCUCAUUCAUCUUGUAUUUUUUAUUAUGCCUUGCCUUAAUAAAUACUUAAUUGAUCCCCUUGGAUAUAGGAAACAAAGUGACCCAAGCAGCCAUUAGGUCAGGUCACAGGUUGGUUGUUGUCUUUAGUCAUCCCGGGAACAUAGAGAAAACUUUGUGGAGAAGGAUGUGUGUCGUUAUAUUUGCUCCCCGUCACUUCCAGUCACUUCCCGUCACUUCCUCGACCCAUUAUAAGUUAGCAGACUGCUGGUGAAUGUCUACACAAUAUUGCCAUUUUUAUUAAUAAAUUGACUCAAAUUCA